AACAAGGGUUUAAGAUUCCACGUUCUGAUCAACUGAGUGUCAAGCGAGUGGAUCCUACCAAGCUUGAAGCCCAUGUUCGACACAAGCUCACCAAGGAGGAAUGACUGGCACUAGUUAUAGCAGGAAGGGAGGACGGGGAAGUACCAGGCUCGAACCGCUAUAAAACAAAAAAAGACUGGUGGUUUAAGCAAUUGUCAAAAGGAACACAAGAAGGCUAUGCCUCUUGCUACUAAGAGAGCCAAGGCAGCAAAAUCUCCACAAGAGAGGAGGAAAAAACAGCAGUGUUCUGGAAAGCAGUUUCCAGGGAGGAAAGCAUGGAAAUGAGAAAGUCUCUGUAAUGCCAUUGUCUGGCUUCCUUUCUCAUUAUCCCUAUUAUUAUUAUUAUUUUCAUUCAAAUUCUGCUACCGAGAAUAAGAUUUUCAUAGCAAU